UCGAGGAACUGCCACCUUCAACGAACAACCAUGAAUCGGUACGCAGGUUGCUGCCUCCUCGUUUUAAUAUCGUGCAUCCUUGCUAGCGAUCUGCGGUCCGGCUCCGAUGGCAAAUCACUGUCGCGGAGGCGGCGCUACGUUGUCUUUCCAGAGGGCUCGACUUUCUCCAUUGCGUUGUGCAUGACCAUGCAUACUUUGACCCCGGACGAUAUUUUCACGGAGGGAGUAAACUGGGGUAUCUCGUACGAUUUGCCGAACGAGAGUAAGCCGAUACUUGAGCCGUUUUUGCAGCUCAAGAAGGAUCAAAUGAAACCUGCUAAUAAGUACGGGAGCUACGGGAGCUACGGGAGCUACGGGAGCAACCAGCUCGACAAAAACGUUGUCUCCUAUCCGGGAUGGAGCAGCUACGACAAGCAUCACUUCAAGCCUGGCAAAAGGAAAUAUUACAAACCUGAUUAUUAUUAUCUGCAGAGAAGGCAUCGCAGGGACCUUUAUAGCAAACUAGAAACCAUCAUGAAUGCGAUGAACUUCGACGGCAGGGCGUGCGUGCUUCGAGCCCUCUGCGAGGCUUCCCAGCGUCUCGUGCCGAAAGGGAACACUCUGGUCGAGGAGAUGAUACGGAUAUCGUUCUCGUUCCCUUUGAAGCGGCUGUUCUCGUCGGAGCCGGAGGAGCACCAUACGUACGGAUCGGCUCAUAAAGCGGGCCACGAGGGCCAAGAUUGCGCUGGCAUGUUCGCCGAAUGCAGUUUCUCCCUCAUCGACAUGGCCCUCGGGAAAUACGACGCGGCACGGACACGGGAACCACGAUUUCCGCCCGGAUACGCUGCAGCCACCGAUGCGGUACGCUCUUCCGGGGAGUGGACGAGGUACAACAUGAAAUAAGACGACGCAUCUGACUGGAAGACGACUUAGGACGACGCGUAGCCCGGGAAAUCCAGCCACCGGGCUUUCACCGAAGGUUUCGGGGCUCGUUCACUCGAUAUCAGCCGGAACUUGUUCGAUGACCUCCAGCCGGACAGCCGCGCCGACGCACAGUGGAGUAUUUUGCCUCAAAAGCUAGAAAAAGUCUGAUCUAGGCCUGAUGUGUAGA